CCCAGAUUUAGGCAGAGGAGAGGGACUCUUCAGCAGGAUUUCAGGGGUGAAGGACCGCUCCCUUUAACCAUUCAAAAUGCCAGUCAUAAAUGUGGAGGACCUGACAGACAAGGACAAAGCUGUCAUGGAAGUAAAUCAACUUAAAAUCGAAGUGAAACUUGAGAGGUGGUUGACAUCUAAAUGCUGUGAGGAAAUCAAGGAUUAUAUUCAGGCUGGAGUGGAGGAGGACACCCUCGUUAAAGGCAUUUCAGAGGAGAAGAACCCCUUCAAGGAGAAAGGUGGCUGUGUCAUCUGCUAGACUGGACCCGAGGAGCUUUUCAUAACUCAGAUUAGCACCCAAGGACAAUCCCCCGCCCCUCCCGAGAUGGAUUUGCAAACAGAGAAAACUAGAAGGACACAAUAAAAAAAAAAGAACUUGUAAAACUGCAUGUGUUUCCAUGUAAACAAUCCCCCAUGUUUCAGCCAGAUUUGUAGCCUUAUAAUUCGAAUCUUUUUUUAAAGAUGCAAUAAAUACUUGUUGUAUUUGGAAAAGAUUGCAUACUGCUUCUCCAAUGUGGUGUAUAUAGACUGAGCAAAAGGGACCAUGUGCUGUAUCACAUCCAGGCGCAAUCAUUAUUAAAUGUGCAUGUUUAUAAAUCA